AUGCUGCAGGACUGCCCGAAGGCCCGCAGGGAGGUGGAGCUGCACUGGAGGGCGUCGCAGUGCGCGCACAUCGUCCGCAUCAUGGACGUCUACGAGAACCUCUACCAGGGGAGGAAGUGUCUGCUCAUCGUCAUGGAGUGCUUGGAUGGUGGGGAGCUCUUGAGCAGGAUCCAGGACCGGGGUGACCAGGCCUUCACAGAGCGGGAGGCUUCAGAGAUCAUGAAGAGCAUCGGGGAGGCCAUCCAGUACCUGCACUCCAUCAACAUCGCCCACCGGGACGUGAAGCCAGAAAACCUCUUGUACACCUCCAAAAGGCCCAACGCUGUGCUAAAGCUCACAGAUUUUGGCUUUGCUAAGGAAACCACCACGCACAACUCCUUGGCCACCCCGUGCUACACGCCCUACUACGUGGCCCCAGAGGUGCUGGGUCCGGAGAAGUACGACAAGUCCUGUGACAUGUGGUCCCUCGGUGUCAUCAUGUACAUCUUGCUCUGUGGGUACCCCCCCUUCUACUCCAACCACGGCCUGGCCAUCUCACCGGGCAUGAAGAAGCGGAUCCGGAUGGGCCAGUACGAGUUCCCCAACCCCGAGUGGUCUGAAGUGUCAGAGGAAG